AAAAACCUCACCGAGACCCAGCUGUUCAACGAGAUUUACCCGGUGUGGACUUACUCGUACCUGGUGCUGCUGUUCCCGGUGUUCCUGGCCACGGACUACCUGCGGUACAAGCCCGUGGUCCUGCUGCAGGGCCUCAGCCUCAUCGUCACCUGGUUCAUGCUGCUGUAUGCCCGGGGGCUGCGGGCCAUCCAAUUGCUCGAGUUCUUCUAUGGGGUAGGGACUGCCACUGAGAUUGCCUAUUACUCCUACAUCUACAGUGUUGUCGAUGUCGACCUGUACCAGAAGGUCACUAGCUACUGCCGGAGUGCCGUCCUGGUGGGCUACACGGUGGGCUCGGUGUCCGGGCAGCUCCUUGUGUCGCUGGCACGAUGGUCCCUCUUCAGCUUGAACGUUAUCUCUUUAACCAGUGUAUCUAUUGCCUUUGGCAUAGCGUGGUUCCUGCCAAUGCCACAAAAAAGCCUUUUCUUUCACCACGUCUCAAGUCAGCAGCUCAGUUCGGAAACGAAGGUUGUGGACUGUAAAAACAGAUCAAGUGUCCAAGAUCAGCCCGACGUGCAGAGGACACCCGGCUGGGAGGAUGAGACAAAAGUUCCCUUAAACCAGGAGGGUCGUUCACCACAGAAACAGGAGCAAGAAGUAGACUUUGUAAAGGUGCUCAAAGAUCUCUGGCAGGACUUCUUGCAGUGCUAUUCCUCCCGGACCAUGCUCUGCUGGUCCGUGUGGUGGGCGCUGUCCACCUGCGGCUAUUUCCAGAUCGUCAACUACGCUCAGGGCCUGUGGGAGAUGGUGCUGCCUUCUCACAGCACGGAGAUCUACAACGGUGCCGUGGAGGCAGUCUCGACACUGCUGGGAGCUGUUGCAGUGUUUGUUGUGGGUCACAUAAAAAUAUCCUGGGCAACGUGGGGUGAAUUGGCGCUUGCCCUGUUCUCCUUUCUUAUUGCUGCAGCUGUAUAUAUCAUGGACACUGUUCGUAACAUCUGGGUGUGCUAUGCAUCCUAUGUUGUCUUCAGAAUUAUCUACACACUGCUAAUCACGAUAGCAACGUUCCAGAUAGCUUCAAAUCUCAGCGUGAAGCGGUACGCCCUGGUGUUUGGGGUCAAUACUUUCAUCGCCUUAGUACUUCAGACUCUGCUCACUUUGAUUGUUGUGGAUGCCAGUGUGCUUGGCUUGGACAUUUUCACCCAGUUCAUGAUUUAUGCCUCUUACUUUGCGGUCAUCUCGCUGGUGUUCUUCAUCAGUGGCAUACACAGUAUUGUGAAAGCUUGCAGAAGACAAGAGCAGCAAAGCAGCUCUCCUGAAAGCCCGUAG